AUGAGAUCGUUUCUAUACGGUUAUAUUUUAAUUCUUUCAAUCUCAUUAACAAUUGCUGUUCAAUUGGAUGGUAAUUGUCAGGAUGAUACACAAUGUGAAGGACCUAACAUUCAUUGUUUGGGCGGAAAAUGUCAAUGUAAUUCUCCAGCAUAUGUACCAUGUAAAUCAAGAUGUGAAAUAAAUAAUCGUUCUGCUUACGAAGGUGAACAUUGUGAAGUAAACGAAAAUUGUAUAGAGAAUACAAUUUGUUCCGAAAAAACAUGUAAAUGUAUUCAAGAUUAUACAGCUAAAAAUGGACUUUGUUUUAAAAAUUUGAAUAGUGUUUGUGCAAGUCAUACAGAAUGUUGGUCACAACAUUGUUCAAAUUCACGAUGUGGAUGUGCUCCUGGUUAUGACAUUUCUGAUAAUCAAGCAUAUUGUAAACGAAAAUUGGUUAAAAUCUAUAAUAAUUGGUCUGAUGCAAAUAGAGAACAGGCACUUUGUGUCGAUGAUAAUUCAUGUAUAGAUAUUGUUGCAAAAUGUAUUGCUGGUCCACAAAAUGUAACAACUAAAUUUUGUAAAUGUCCAUAUGGAUAUAAAGUUGACGAUAAGCAUGAACAAUGUGAACGAAUUCUCGGUACAUUAUUAUCACCAUUAGAUUCAUCAGUAUCUAAUUAUGGUGAAUGUGGUUCAUGUCAAGAUAUUAAUGCAGCAUGUAUACAAGCUGCUGAUCAAAUAACAUGUUGGUGUCGUUUUGGUUAUAUUAAAAAAAAUAAUGCAUGUGAAAAAGAAUCAAAUAGAAAACCUUUGGUUAUAUUUCCAAAUUCAAAUGAUCUUAAUUUACAUGAUUUUACAAAUAAUUGUACUAGUGGAAGCAAUAAUGAAUAUGAAACUAAUAAUAAAUUAUGUGUUUGUGCUCCUGGUUAUGAAUUUAUUACUAAAGAUCAAUCAUGUGUAAAAAUUCAACGUGAUUGGAUAAAUGAUAUAUAUGAAUAUGGUCUUUGUACUCGUAUUACUCCUCAAGAUAAAGCUAUAGAUGUGGAUGGUUUAUGUCCUAAGCCAUUAAUAUGUGAAGCACGAAAAGAUAAACAUAUUUGUUCAUGUGGUAAAGAUAAAUUUCGAGAUUUAAACGAUCCAAGCCAAUGUGUAUAUUAUAUUGGUAAGACAACAAAUUCAACUGAUGAUAAAUGUCCAACAGAAAAAGCUCUACGAAAUAUUACAAGUGGCAUUUGUGAAUGUUCUGCAGGAUAUAACGCAAUUAAUAAUAAUCGUCAAUGUGGAAUAAAAUUAUCUUCUGAAAUUUUUCAAUCAUCUUGCAAUUCAAAUCAAUUAGAUAAUAAAAUAUGUAGGGAUUUAUUUGGUAAAAAUGCAUUAUUUUGUACUAUUGGUGAAUGUCGUUGUUCGGGAAAUCAAAGUUUUUCGAAUAAGGAUCAAACUCAUUGUUAUGCACCAUUAAAUCAAUCACUUAUUCAACCAAUGGAAGAUUGUCCACUACAAUCAUCUCUAAAAGAUAAUCAUUGUGAAUGUAAUGUUGGUUAUCGUCCAUCGAAUGAUUUUCGACAAUGUGUUCGUUUGACAGUACAAUUAGUUGAAUAUGUAGGACCUUCAAUAAAUACAAAUGGACAAUUGACAACAGAAGAUUGUCAAGCUUUAUUUACAGGACCUGUUGAAUCAUAUACAAAUGAUCGAUGUCAAUGUAAAAAUAUAGCAUUUAUAAAUGAUAAUAAUACUGGUUGCUGGUAUCAAUUGAAUGUUACAUUGCCAGAAGCAAAAGAAUCUGUAUUCUGUCCUCCAAAUAGUGCUACUGGAUCAGGACGAAUAUGUCUAUGCAGUAUUGGUUAUACAAGAAAUGUUAAUAAAUGUGUGCCAAUAACUAAUCGAGUGUACAUUGAUAAUGAUCCUAUGGCACCAAAUAUAGCUGGUUUAACUGAAAGCGCCUGUAGAAAAUGGUUCGGUUAUGGUGCAACGCAAUCAAGUCGUGGAAGUUAUUGUAUUUGCAAACCUUAUGCAUAUCCUGUUAAAAGCAAUUCAUAUUGCCAUUUUCUACUUAAUCAAACUACUAGCGAAUUUAAAACUUCUGAUGAUUGUCCAGCUAAUACGUUUAUCUCUCCUUCGAGCCCGCCAUCGGCAUGUGUAUGUAAACCAGGUUAUCGUGUAUCAUCUGAUAAUCGAACAUGCACAACAACCAAUAUUGUUCUGAGUGGUACUGUUAAUGUUAGUUCAUCUCAGACAACGAAUUGUGUUAGUUUUACAAAUGAUGAUUGUAUUGUUAAAUAUGGAGAACAUGCUUUUUGUCAAAAUGAAGCAUGUUUUUGUAAUCGUCGUGUUAGUUUUAUAAAUGCAAUUGGACAAUGUGAAUCAUUUUCAAAAUAUAUAUUUCCUGGUAUACAUGAACGUCAAUUUUAUUCUUGUAAUACAGAAACAGAUUGUCAAGGCAAAGGAAAUGUUAUAUGUGACUAUUUAAAUGAUGGUUCUCCAUAUAAAGUAUGCAAAUGUAAAGAUGAAUCAUUAUUAGAUCCCAAAUCACAAACAUGCAUUGAAAAACGAUGUACACAAAAUUGUCAAACAAAUCUUAAUUUUGAAUGUCGUGGUUAUGAUUGUGUAUGUAGAAAUGGAUUUUAUCAAACUGGUCUUAGAUGUAUUAAAAUUCCAUAUGAACUUCAAUUAAAUCAACCAUGUAAUCGAUCAGGUCUUUGGGAAUAUGUUCUUGCUACUGCUAAUAAUUCACUUGAAUGUGAUGCAUCAUGUGAUCGUGCUCGAUGUCAACUUGGUUAUCGACCUGAACAAUCUCAAUGUGUUCCUUAUCAAUUCGGAGAAGAAAAAUGUAUCUAUCAAGAAAAUAUUUGUCAAUAUAUGGAUGAAAAUUCAAUAUGUAAUAUAGAUAAAAAUAAAUGUUUGUGUCGACCAUCAUAUUAUUUAUUUGAUAAUAGAUGUGUUCCAGCGGUUGGUACAGCAUGUCGAACUAAUGAAGAAUGUGGUUUUAAUAUCUGUAAAGGGCAACGAUGUGAUUGUAAAGAUGGACAACGUAUAGAAACAACAUAUGAUAUAGAUGGUCGACCAAUCAAACAUUGUACUAAUGGUAUUGAUCAAAUACGAUUUAGUCCGGUUUUAUUAUUAUUUUUCAUAAUGAUUCGUAAAUUUUUUAUCUAA